AUGAGUGAUACUGGUGAACCCGGGAAUGGGGAUGUUUUUGAAGAGGCGGAAAGGGCACUUAAUAUUAAAAUACCAGAAAUUUUGAAAAACUUAUUGAAGAGCUGUGGCUAUGAAAAUGAAGCUUUAAUAGCUGGAAUGACCAAAGCAACUAUAACAGAAAUUGAAAAGUUUGCGAGGACUGAUUUAUUUCAGCUCAUCGAUGAGGAAGAUCGAGCAAAAUACUAUGGAAUAUAUAGCAAAAAUCCUAAAAUUUACAAAAUGCUACCCGCACACCAACAAGUCCUACUUUGGAUGAUCGAACAUUUCAAAAAGAAAAGAAAAUCACACAAAAAAGAAAUUCAAGCAUCUGCGCCAAGCGAAGCGCCAACUAAUCGAGAAGGGCCCCCCAAGAAGAGGUCAAAAACUUCUGUUGAAUCUUCAGAAUUGUUGAGUAACGAAUCCCAAGAGGAAGAACUCCAUCCCGAGAACAAUGCUAGGGAGAUUACCAAUCAGAAACCUGUCGUGAACCGAGCUGUGACCUUGACAGACGAGAAUGCCUUGAUUUUUCGAAAUAAGAAGAAAUGGGCAAAAUCAAAAGCAAAAGCCGAUUUAUGGGAAACGCUUCAGCAUAAAUUCGAUGAUAUUAAAAUUGUAACUUCACUCGACCAACAAGAGAUGUUCUCGAAAAAAUUUCAGCACGUUCAACAGUCCAUCACUUCCUAUUUGGUAACUAAUGAUCACGAGAUUAAUCCUAUCCGAGAUCCUAUCCUGAAUAAAAAGUCAUCAAAAGUUAAAAUUCUUGGUAACGUCGUUUUAUCUCCUUCCCGAGCUCCUGCCUCACAUUCCACCAAUACUUUGCCGAAAAAACUGUGUGAUGUUUAUCUAGACUCAAGGUUUCAAUCCGCUACGAGCACUGCUUUCGGCACGGCUUCUGCUACCCUCUCAGAGGCAAACAGCAGCGACCCCACCGAGGACCACACCGGUCUCUUUGAAGCUAACGAUAGGUGCUUAGACAGUAUUGACGAAUCAACGAAUACCUCAUCGAAUCAACUGUGCAAAAUCGACAACCAAGAUAUGGAUAAAGUACCAUCAAAAUGGAAAAGACAGAAAUAUCAGAGGCAUGAAAGAAAUAAACAAACUUUUAGUGAUUUGUACAAAACAAUUUCAAUAAACUAUUACAUCAGGACCGAUUCUUUUAACCAAGGCCAGAGAGCUGAACUAGCAUAUAGACUAGCCAAGCAACCUUCCAAACGAAAAAACAUUGAUUAA